CGGAAGCGUUCCAGUGUCGCUCAGAAACUGAGUGAGAAGAUGGAGAGUCGGAGGGAGCCUUUUAUGCCUUUUUAAGAAGCCGUAAUCCGUCAGAGGACCGAAUCUUUACACGUUGUAAAAGCGAUAAAGUUUCUCGUUUUUACGGCAUGUGGUUAGCCAGAAGCAGCUGCGGGGAAUCGUUCUCUUUUGUUUGUCGUUUUAACGAGAUACUGCUGAGUUCAUUUCCUAGCUCUGGUAGCUAAAUACUACGUUGUAGUUGAACGUUACAAAUGAUGGCAGCAGCGAGGAAAAGGAAAAGUGAAGCUUUGGGAGAUGAAACCGAGGAUGAGGAGAGAGGAGACAGGCGAAGGAGGAUCAGGAAAACCAACAAAUACAUCGGAGCUCAUGUUGGUAUUCAAGGAGGGAUCUGGAAGGCGGUGGAGUCCAGCGCGGCGCUCGGCGCCGGCGCCUUCGCUCUGUUUCUGGGCUCUCAGCGCUCGUGGAAGAGGCCGGCGCUGGACCCGGCCGCUGCAGAUCGGUUCCAGGAGAAAUGCUCCGAGCUCGGCUUCGACCCGGCUCACAUCCUGCCUCACGGCUCCUACCUGAUGAACUGCGGAUCGCCCAAAGACGACGUGUCUGAGAAGAGCCGCGUCCUGCUGGUGGACGAGCUGAGCCGCUGCAGCCGCCUCGGCCUCCGCCUCUACAACUUCCACCCCGGAUCCUCGCUGGGCGCCAUCACCACCCAGCAGUGCCUGGACAAGAUCGCCGCAGCCAUCAACCACGCUCACCAGCAAACUCCUGCUGUGGUCACAGUGUUGGAGAACAUGAGCGGUCAGGGCAGCACAGUGGGGGGUCGGUUCUGUGAGCUGCGGCGGAUCAUCGACCGGGUCAGGGACCGGAGCAGAGUGGGGGUGUGUCUGGACACCUGCCACGCCUUCGCCGCAGGUCACGACCUGGCAGCAGACGGCGGCGUGGCGGCCAUGUUGGAUCAAUUUGAUCAGGAGGUCGGGCUUCGCUACCUGAGAGCGGUUCACCUGAAUGACUCCAAAGGGAAACUGGGCUGCAACCUGGACCGGCAUGAAGACAUCCGGAAAGGAAACAUCGGGCUCUCGGCGUUCCGGGACGUCGUCAACGAGCCGCGGCUGGACGGCGUCCCGCUGAUCCUGGAGACGCCCGGACGGCCGGGAUUCCAAGACGCCGAGCAAAUCGAGCUUCUUUACUCACUGUGUGAGAAAAAUAAAGAAUGAGA